AUGCUCCCUGCCAAAGUUCAGUCCGAGGUUCGCAACUUCCUCACGACCACCAAGGCGAUGCUUGGCCUGACCACCACGGUCAAGACAGCCUUCUCCGUGGGCUUCAAGUUCACCGACGACGACUCCGUCCCUGAAGAGGAGGCCAGCAACCUCUCCGAGUCCCUGUGGCUGCAGGGCACAUACAGCCUCGACAGCAUCCGAAUCCACGUCUUCGUGACCCAGCUCUACGGAUCAGCCACGACCUGUCGUUCGUCCUACGUCCAGACGGAUAAGGACUAUGAGAUGGAGAACCAAGAGUUCUACAAGGCCGUUUCGGAUGAUAUUUGGGCCAAGGAAAUCGUCGGUGGCGGUCUCGGCCAGGCUUCACACACGAUCGAGGUGUCGCCCAAGACCUGUAAGGCGCUCCACGAGCUCUUUAUCAGAGGCCGCAAGGCGUACCUCCGCGAUCUGGUCGAGAGUGAAAAGAUGAAGGAGGGUGUCUACAUCAAGAAGACGAAGGAGCUCAUCGGAGCUGUUGAUUACUGGAUGAGAUUCUUCGAGCAGGAUGAUGAGGCCCGCCGGGGUGUUACGGAUGACAAUGAGAUGUUCACUGUCUUCAAUGAGGUUGCUCUCUAA